AAUUUUUGAAUUAAUUUCUCAAGAAUUGACACUUGUUCGUGAAUGCCAUAAAUGGAAAUCAAGGUUGUGUCAAUAUUUUCAAUGUCAUUGUAAUUGUGUCAUUGCCGUUUCGUUUAUAAGAAUUUUGAAGCCUUCUGAUGGGGGACCCACAAAGUUUAGUCCAUUGGUUUCCUAAAAAAGACGAGCAAAGAUGUGGCUAUUGCAACAGUCCGUCAGGCAGUAUCAUGUUCGGUAUGUGGGCCUACCGUUUGAGAGUCGAGGAUUAUCAAGAUUUAAUUGACCGGGGAUGGCGGCGAUCAGGUCAAUACUGUUAUAAGUCUGUAAUGCACGAAACUUGUUGUCCGUUGUACACAAUAAGAUGUAAUGCUUUGGAAUUUCGACCUACCAAGUCACAGAAAAAAGUGAUGAAAAAAAUGAGUAAGUUUCUCAAGACUGGAAUCUUCAAGGAGAGGGAGAGACGAGAACUUACAGAUUUCGAUGAGGGUUGCGAAGAAAGAAUUGCAGUUAAAGAAUGCCCAAACCAAUUGGUCAAUAUAGAUGAAAUCGCUUUGCAGAGUGGAAUGAAGGAAGCAAGUGUUGUUUCCUCAGACAAUAAAAAAACUGAGAUACUGGACAAUACCAAUAGUAUACCUGGUACCCCUGAAACCAAUUUGAAAGUUGUGCAACCAGAUAAUGUCUCGACUUUGAAACAGAGGGCUGUAAAAAAGGGUCUUGGACCUGAUCCCAAUAGACCACCAUGUAAAAAAGCAAAAAUUCUGAGGUAUGAGAAAAAAAUGAAGAAAUGUGAAAGCUUGGAUCAGAGCAUAGAAACUCAAACGCAGAAGUCUGAAUGUAAGAGCUUGGAAGAGUUCUUAAACGAUGUUUCCAGUGACGACAAACAUAAAUUGACAUUGAAGUUGAUAGAACCAACUAAUCCUUCUAGCGACUGGAAGAAAUAUGAGCAGAUGGAGUUUGAAUUGUACAAGAAGUAUCAGAACAUCAUUCACAACGAUCCACCGCAUAAGAACACGCUGUCUGGAUUUCUUAGAUUUUUAGUCAAGACGCCCUUGAAGUCUCAGGCGCACCCUGAUCACAAGGGAAAUCCAGAAGUGCCUGCCUAUGGUUCCUAUCAUCAGCAGUAUUGGCUCGAUGAUAAAUUGAUUGCAGUUGGUGUCAUUGACAUCUUGCCAAAGGGCGUCAGCGCCGUCUACUUUUUCUAUGAUCCGGACUAUAGAGAGUUAACAUUGGGUACAUAUGGGGCUCUCAAAGAGGUACAGCUAUCAAGGGAGCUUUACCCAUCUCUUGGUACCACCUAUUACCUCAUGGGUUUCUAUGUGCAUUCUUGCAAAAAGAUGAGGUACAAAGGUAACAUGCAUCCCUCUGAUCUUCUUUGUCCGGAGACCUACCAAUGGUUCCCCAUCGAAAAGUGCCUGGAGCAAUUAGACAAAACCAAAUAUUGUAGAUUUAACGAAGACCAAACGGCCUGCGAUAGUGGCGAAUGUACGGAAGAAGACCUCGAUUCUUUAGGAAUAAUAGCGGGCGACCAGUACGUGACAUAUAAGAAUUUCAAGAAAACGCUGAAGAGUGAGGCUGAUUAUGUGAAAAUCGGUAAAUUGAUUGGGAAAAAAGCGGCGAAAAGCCUAAUUUUGAUUGUUGAUUGAGAGUUGAACAGUACUAAUGAGCUUCAGGAAGUAUUCAAUGGUGUCCUUUCAACUUUGAUGCAAUAUUUAAUUAUACUGUAGGAUUAACUAGGUGUUAUCGGAUCGAGAUAUUAAAUUUAAACAGUGCUUUCUCUGUGUUGUCCUAUUUUUUUCACCUAAUUUGAAAUCUUAUAUAUCUUAUUCACAGUUCUUUCUUCCAGCUUAAUUUCUGGAUCAUGUAAGGUAAAAACCUUAAUCUGUUAUGUAAUGUGCAGGUACACAUAACCUAAUGAGAAUUCACUCUAAAUUGCUACCUCAAAAAUAUUUUAUGUGGUUGUUAUUGUGAUGAAUAUAGUUUGAAAUGUU